AUGGCUGCGCCGGGCCCGGGGGCUGGGGCAGCCUCGGGCGGCGCUAGCGGCGGCGGCGCGGGCGCGGGCUCGGGGUCGUCCGGGGCCGGCGGCCGGCUGCCCAGCCGGGUGCUGGAGUUGGUGUUCUCCUACCUGGAGCUGUCCGAGCUGCGGAGCUGCGCCCUGGUGUGCAAGCACUGGUACCGCUGCCUCCACGGAGACGAGAACAGCGAGGUGUGGCGGAGCCUGUGCGCCCGCAGCCUAGCAGAAGAGGCUCUGCGCACGGACAUCCUCUGCAACCUGCCCAGCUACAAGGCCAAGGUACGUGCUUUUCAACAUGCCUUCAGCACUAAUGACUGCUCCAGGAAUGUCUACAUCAAGAAGAAUGGCUUUACAUUACAUCGGAACCCCAUCGCUCAGAGCACCGAUGGUGCAAGGACCAAGAUUGGUUUCAGUGAGGGUCGCCACGCCUGGGAAGUAUGGUGGGAGGGCCCUUUGGGCACUGUGGCAGUGAUAGGGAUUGCUACGAAACGGGCCCCCAUGCAGUGCCAAGGUUAUGUGGCCUUGCUGGGGAGUGACGACCAGAGCUGGGGCUGGAAUCUCGUGGACAAUAAUCUGCUACAUAAUGGGGAAGUCAAUGGCAGUUUCCCACAGUGCAACAAUGCACCAAAAUACCAGAUAGGAGAGAGGAUCCGCGUCAUCCUGGACAUGGAGGAUAAGACUUUAGCUUUUGAGCGUGGGUAUGAGUUCCUGGGGGUAGCCUUUCGAGGACUUCCAAAGGCCUGCUUAUACCCAGCAGUCUCUGCGGUAUAUGGCAACACAGAAGUGACUUUGGUUUAUCUUGGAAAACCUUUGGAUGGAUGACAGUGGCUUUCUGGGAAGAAGGACAGUGGAGAAGAGAUCUACUUGUGGAAAGUAGAACCAUGAAGUGAUAGUAUCAUGUGUGCAUGCCCAGGAAACACCCUGAAAACACAUGAAGUUGAGAACUGGAGAAGCAACUCUACAGCAGAUAUGAUCGUAGUGUUUCCUCUUUCCACUGGGCCAGAAAAUCCUCAGGGUUGCAGUUGGUUGAGUGGGCAGUUGACAUAUGCAUGUUGCCACGGUCUCUCUACGUUAGCAGUGUGUUACUUCCAGCUUAAAGGUGAGCGUGUAGAGAUGCUAUAGGAGGGAAUCGCAAGAUUUUAUAUAGUGUUUAUGGAGAAGGCUGGGUUCCAUCUUACAACUGCCUGCUCUUUCUCCAGUCCCUUUAUUUCCAGCCAGCUUGACUUAGAAAGUAUGAAACUGGCUGGGUUUUAUUUAAUAUUUUUAAUAUAUUGAGAAGCAUGGUCUGCCUGGACUGCACUUCUCUAGCAAUGAGAAAUAAAAUUGUGCAGCUAUUUUAAAAGUUGUAUAUAUAAUGUGUGUAAAAACUGUAAAAAAAAAAAAAAGGACAAAGGGAUUGCUUUGUUCUAGUUCAAUUUCUUUAAAAUCACUACAUGGUACAAAAUUAGAGUGACAUUUGGGGACAGUAGGGUAACACAAGAAGAGGAGACAUGUUGUGCUGGUUCAUUUGAUAAUGUUUUGGGCUUAUAGUCCAUGGCUAUAACAGAAUUAUGAUAAAGGUUCCUUAAUUGGCUAAAGACUAGGGAAACAGAUCUACUUAUAAUUACGCAUAUGCCAACAAGGUUGAUUCAGAUGUAAUAGGAAUGUUUGUCUCUUGGCAUCUGGCUAUAGUUUUGGCCUUCUGAGAAAACUGGUCUCCACACAGUACAGUCUCAGCUGCUCUUACAGUACUCAGUAUGAGCUCUGGUGUGAGCUCUGAUACUGUAAACCCUGGGAGAACACAUGGUCAGCGGUUCUUUUAUUUCUGAACUUUAUAAUACUGUAGAUGUUAUGAAGAAUUUUUGAUUUCAUAUUGUUUACAUUAUACAACAAUUGAAGCCUCAAAGUCUCCAUUGAGGCUGUCAACAAAAUGUUUACUCGCCCAUCUGAAACAGUGCCAGCUUGAACCAGGUUAAGAAUAUUCUUAAUCACCUAGGCAUUGCCCCCAUGGGACUUAAUGCUGAAAACUUCAGGUUGGCAACAAUUUGAAAGUUUCAUUGGAAAGAAUUGAACAUUACUUCCUAUUUGACCCAUAAAUUGUCUCACUAAUACUCUGGAAUUAAUAAUUCUACAUAUGAACUGAGGUUGUUGGUUUUUUCCUUUGUUUUCCUUUUGUUAGAACAGAAACAUCUUUCUGUAUAAAAGUAUAAUUAAUAUGGUCCAGAUACAUAAGAAUUGAUGAAGGCAAGUAAAAUCUUUGUACUUUUUACAUGAUUGCUCUAUGUAUAUUUUGUUCUAAAUCUAAUAAAAUUAGGGACAGUGAGCAGCUUGCUGGGAUUCUUGGGUCUUUGAGAAUUGAACUUGUCAGUACUGCUAUGAAGCAGGAGGCUUCGGCCUUGGGUCAGUCUGCAGCUGCCUCCUGAAAGGUCAUAGGUAUUUAUUGUGUAUUUGUUAUAUUGCUUGAAAAGAGAACUGUGUUAAAGAUCCUUUUUGAUGGUCUGUAUCAAAAAGAAACCUGUACAAAGUAGAACUAUAUGUUAAACAUAUUUGGGAAGAUAGCUGGCCCAGGAAUUGUUUUGUUUUUCUUGUUUUUGUGGGAGUUUUGUUUCGUUUUCUUUUUCUGGUCUAGUACAACUCAAUUUGGUGGCAUUUAAAAUUUGUUUAAAGUCCUGGUUAAGGAUGAAGAUUGACUAGUUAAAAGGUAUUGACAGUCCUUACAUACUUGCUGUAUCACAGGUUGUGACGGUUCCUCAAGCUUCUAUGAGUUUGGUUUAUAACUUCUGUUUUUGUCUUGUCAGUAAAUGUUCAUUUGCAACAGAUUUUUGAAGGUGCUGACUGGAAAACGAAAUCACAUGGUUAUUCAUUCUUUAUUGAACCUAGAAUCUGAUAAUUACCUAAUUGUUUGACACCAAGCCUUUCUUUCUGUGUUGUGUUUUGUUUUUGUUUUUUAAAAGACUGGUUCUCAGUGUGUAUCUCAAGCUGUCCUUGAACUCACAGUGAUCUGCCUGCAUCAGAAUCCCCAGUACUGGGAUUAGAGGUAUAUGCCACCAUUCCCAGAACAACACGCCAUUCGUAGCUGAAAAAUUUGAAUGUUCCUAGUUAGGAUGAGCAUCAAGAAAAUGGAGAACCUUCAUUUAUAGCCUGAUCUGUUUGUGACUAGAGACCAAUAGUGGCUAUCCAGAUCGUUAAGGCAAACUGCUCAGUGCUGAAGGAGAUUGUGUUGUCAUUGGUGCUUAAAGAACAUAUGGAAGAAAACAGUUGUACCUGAAGACUGAGCAUAAGUCACCUAAACCAGUGCAGCUCAAGUUUGGCUGGAUUUUGGAGUGGCUUAAAAUUACUAAGCUUAGGCUCCAUAUCCUGAUUCUGGUGUUGGAACUGGGAUAUGUUCUAACUGUAAGGAUUUAAAAAUGCCCUGGUUUCAGAGGUUGAGAGCAGUUGUGCUAAGUUUCGUGUAGAGUUUUCACAUCUACAAAGUAGGAAAUUCUUGCUCCCCUCGCUACCUCACAAGGACACAGAGGGUACAAGAGAAAAUGCUGAGAGUGUUAGUGUUGUUGGUUAAAAUGCCACAGAAAUGCAGCUAUCUCUUACAUUUCAACUGCAGCUGUGAUCAGGAAAACGUGAUUGAAUUUGUCGUCGACGUGGGGCCUCUUCUGUCAUUCUUUGAGGAAGCAUGCAGGAGCAGAGCAAAUGUUAGUUACUAUUAUCCUUAUUCACUAUGGUCUUCUGUCCUCCUUGAGAUAGGCUGUUAUAAUUACCUGGGUUUUCAUAGGAAAGAAAUAUUAAGGCUUAACUCUGUACUGCUCAUUGGUCAUAUUUCAUUAAAAGUUCAUUCGAGGAA